UUUAAAGACUUAACGACUAAAAGAAUUAGAAAAUUAGCAACAAUGCAAUAUCAAAUUGUAGUAAACAUUGUGUUAUUCAUAACCAUAAUUAAAAUAACUUUGGUUUUCGCAUGGUAUUCCAUGGGGUCGAGCUCUGUGGUACCAGGAGAGAAUAGGUAUUACGGAAUUCAUGAUGGAUGGGAGCAUAAGAAGAAAUUUACCAAUGAAUGGACGGUACAGGUGGAAGGUGGAGAACAGGUUGCUCAACUCGUGGCUUUGGAACUUGGAUACGUUUAUGAAGGACCGGUACUCGGUUUUCCGAACGUUUAUGUGUUUACAAAAUACGGUCACAGCAAACAACGGCGCACCCCUAGUACGCACACAGCGACACUCAUCAAAGAUCGAAGGGUAAGAUGGGCAGAACAACUUUUUGAGAAAACUCGUGUAAAACGACACUUUAUAUCAGACGUAGACAAAGACCUACACAGGGUGAAAAGAGUAGAAGAGUUUAAUUUAACAUCUUCAGAAACUGCAGAAGUUAAGAAAUUCAAAGUACUCGGGAAACCUCCCUUCAAUGAUGAGUUGUGGGAUCACGAGUGGUAUCUGCAAGAUACUCGUACGUCGAAUCAUCUACCCCGUCUGGAUCUGAACGUUUUACCCGCCUACGCCAUGGGCUACAAUGGCGAUGGUGUGCGCGUGUCUGUACUCGACGACGGCAUCGAGCACAACCACACCGACUUGCGCGAUAACUACGAUCCGGAAAUAAGUUGGGACAGCAACGAUCACGAUCCAGAUCCGACGCCGAGAUAUGAAAUUAAAAUGAAAAAUUCACAUGGAACACGUUGUGCUGGCGAAAUAGCAAUGACCGCCAACAAUUUUAAAUGCGGAGUGGGCGUAGCCUGGGGGGCAAAGGUAGGGGGAGUACGGAUGCUCGACGGACGAAUCACCGACCGAGUAGAAGGCGAAGCGAUAGGUUACGCUAGCGACAAGGUGGACAUUUACAGCGCUUCCUGGGGUCCUAAUGACGAUGGACGCACCGUCGAAGGACCGGGGCGUCUCGCCAUGGAAGCGUUCGUACGAGGAAUCACCAAGGGUCGUGGAGGCAAGGGUACGAUCUAUGUUUGGGCGAAUGGAAAUGGAGGAGGAAGCCAAGACAAUUGUAACUGCGAUGGGUACUCGUCCAGCAUCUACACUAUAUCGAUAGGGAGUGCUUCUCAGCACGGGCUGUUUCCUUGGUACGGUGAGAUAUGCUCAUCCACUCUCGCUGCAGCAUACUCAUCUGGUGCUUACAGAGAUCAAAAAAUUGCAACAACAGAUACGAGUGAUUCAUGCACACUAAGCCACACUGGGACGUCAGCUGCCGCGCCAUUGGCCGCUGGGAUUAUUGCGCUCGUAUUGCAGGCGAACCCCAAUUUAACUUGGAGAGACGUGCAGCAUUUAAUUGUUUGGACAUCCGAGUAUGCCCCAUUGUCGCAUAAUCCAGGAUGGCAAAUAAAUGGAGCGGGAAUGCGAUUUGACGUGCGAUUCGGUUUUGGUUUACUGAACGCCGGUGCUCUCGUAUCAACCGCACUCAACUGGACCACUGUCCCACCGAAGCGUCGUUGCCGUAUCGAAGGUACUCCGCUUACCGAAGCGGAAGGCGGCAUAUCAACAAAGGAUCCUGUUGAUAUUUUCAUAAAGGUCGUGGAUUGCUCUAUAAAUUACAUAGAGCACGUAGAAUUUGUCGUCAAUAUACUAUACAGUCGACGCGGGGCGCUACAAGUUCAUUUAGUAUCGCCACGUGGCACAAGGGUCCAACUGCUGAGUCCCCGACCUGGCGAUAAAUCGCGAGCCGGUUUUGCGAAUUGGCCACUGAUGUCAGUUGCUACGUGGGGAGAGAGCCCUAACGGUUUCUGGAAGGUUACAGUUGCAGAUGAGACAGACGAGAACAACAUUGGUUUCAUUGGACCGUUCGAGCUGAUAAUUCACGGGACUGUAGAAAUGCCUGAACACAUGAAAAACGGACCAAGGAAAUAUAGCGAUGAAUACGAUUACAAACGGGCAUUUAAAUAUUUUGAUAGUUUGAAUGACGUGGCCUUAUUAUCAGGUGAUUAUGAUAACCACAAUGCAACUAUAACAGCGCAUGACUCGCAGAACGUUAAUGAUGUAAUAUUGAAAAUCGCUGAUUCCGGUAUCUUCAACCAGGUAGAAGAAGAAUUGCAAAGGAUCCAUCACGGUGAAAACGUGCUUCAAAACGCUGAUGUAUUUGUAAAUCCGUACAUGCCCAUAUGAAACAAUUUAUUAUUUUAAAAAUGCUUUAAAAUGCCAUGUACGGUUUACACAGUGUGUUGUCCUUGAUCUCCAUUUAAUGUGAUAAGUAGAGUAGGAAAGCAUCUUUAGAUUGCAAAUUAAUAUUCCUCAAGAUAAUGCUUUUUGAUGGACACAUAUCUACUAAAAACCAAUAUACAUAGUAAUUUCAAUU